GUGGGACCCCCCGACGGGCUGCCCGCGGUUCGUGUCUGUCCUGCCCAGGCGGCGGCCACUGGAGACGGCUCCAGCACACCCCCCCGCCACGGGAGGUAAAUUCCUGCCAGCGCCAGGCAGAGUUGUCGGCUCCGCGGUGAGCCCACCUGCUGCCACCUCUGUGUUUUUAAAAGCAGAUACAAAGAAGUAAAGAGAUUUGCUGGAUGGUCAGAGUAAAAGGAAAAUAGUAACGGAGCUCACCAGUAACAACUGUUCUGAGUCUCCUUCCCCUUUGCUUUAUGCAGGUGAAGCCUCUGGGAAAGCCCUGUCACGGAGGAGCCCCAGGGGACCCCUGGCCGUCAGCCAUGGCUGUACCUAUCGCGGUUCUUGACUGCGACCUCUUGCUCUAUGGCCGCGGACACAGGACUUUGGACCGCUUCAAGCUGGAGGAUGUCACGGACGAAUAUCUAGUAUCCACGUACGGCUUUCCCCGACAAUUCAUUUACUACCUGGUGGAUCUUCUGGGUGCCACUCUCUCACGCCCUACGCAGCGGUCCAGGGCCAUCAGUCCGGAGACACAAAUACUUGCUGCGUUGGGUUUCUAUACCUCUGGCUCCUUCCAGACUCGCAUGGGGGAUGCCAUUGGCAUUAGUCAAGCCUCCAUGAGCCGUUGUGUUGCCAAUGUAACCGAGGCAUUGGUGGAAAGAGCCUCACAGUUUAUUCACUUUCCUGAGGAUGAAGCUACUGUGCAGAGCCUAAAGGACGACUUUUAUGGGCUGGCAGGCAUGCCGGGAGUGCUCGGGGUGGUUGACUGCACCCAUGUGGCAAUCAAAGCACCAAAUGCUGAGGACCUUUCCUAUGUGAACCGAAAGGGUCUCCAUUCCCUGAACUGCCUGAUGGUGUGUGAUGCCAGAGGAGUCCUCCUCAGUGCAGAAACGCACUGGCCAGGCAGCCUGCCCGACUGCACAGUGUUAGAGCAGGCAGCCCUCACAAGCCAUUUUGAAACUGAGCUACGUAAAGAUGGCUGGCUACUUGGUGACAGCUCCUUCUUACUGCGGACAUGGUUGAUGACCCCUCUGCAUAUCCCCGAGACACCUGCGGAAUACCGGUACAACAUGGCCCAUUCUGCCACUCACAACAUCAUCGAGCGGACGUUCAGAACCAUUCGGUCGCGUUUCCGCUGCCUGGAUGGGUCCAAAGGCACCCUGCAGUAUUCUCCAGAGAAAUCCAGCCACAUCAUUCUGGCCUGCUGUGUGCUUCACAACAUCUCCCUGGAACACGGGCUGGACGUGUGGUCUUCGCCAGCCACAGGACACAUGGAACAGCCGGAAGAAGAGUAUGAGCAAAUGGAAUCAGUGGACUCGGAAGCCUGUCGUAUUCGUCAGGAACUUUUACUUACUCAUUUUAGCUAAUGAGUAGAAAGCCUUAGAAAAGGCUUCUAACAGUUCAUCUGGGAAGUUAUCCACAGCAGAUAUGCCCCUUCGUCUUCUUUAGUAAGACGAAGUCAGUAAAGACCAAGCAGAUGUGAGACAAGGAGAAAUUUUACACUCUUCAUUUCAGGCAAAUUUUUGAACUUCUCUCAGUUUCGUCAGAGAUGCAAUUUAAUUGUUAAAGUCUUACUGUUGUGAUACUUAGAGGCUCCCCUUUUACCUGACUUAGAGAACAAUGACUAAUGUGACAUCAGUGGAGAAAUUUGGGAAGUUGGCUUUGAUAAUGAUGAAAAAUAUGUAAACCUUGCACUUUUUUACAAAGCAACAAUUCUAUGCUACUGUGUAACCCAAAACACUUAUGACUGAUUUUUAAACAGCAUUUCACACAAAUUAAAAUUCCAUGUGAAUUCAUGUCUACCACGAAUUCAUGAGCAGAAAAGCAAACAUUUAUCUUUUUAUUUGCAGGUAUAAAUUCUUGCUAAAUACCAUUUUGCUGUUUUGCAGAUCUCACAAAACCCAAUAAUUUCUCUGAAAGCUGAACUGUGUUCUGGGGAGGGUCUGGCUUUUUGCUUGCACAUAUCUAGAGAGUCAAGAAGAGUUGAAUGUUUCUUCUUUCCCAGACAGGCUGGAGAAGACAUUAAGCUAUGGUUGACUGUCAGGUACUUAACAGACAUCAGGACAUAGGCAGGUGAAUGUUAAGAGUCUCAUUUUUACUAGGUAUGUCUGCUGCAACAGGAGACUUGUCAUCUUGUUGACUGCUGUAAAAGAAAUGUCAAGGACUGACUGGGUCACAGAAAUUGAACUGAUUGCAAAACUUCUUCUUUUAGAUCAAGCUGAGGUACAGAAAGGCUGCUCUAGCGCUGCUGGCAAUCUACCUCUUCAGUGGAAUGAGAUGACUGAUGCACACUGUUGUUGCUGGCACAAGGCCGGGCAGUUUCCUGGCAACCUUCUCCUUCUAAAAGACUCAAGUGUUCCCAAGGAUCUCAUGACAGCAGUCUGAGAAAAUUUUGUUUCUUACAUUUUAUUGUUUGUUGGGCAGUAGAUGAAACAAAACAAUGGGGAAUGCAGAAUGCUAAAAAAUUGUAGCUGCUUAACGUAGCAGUGCAAACACCUGGCACAGCAGGUCUGUCCUUUUAGAGGAAAUGAGCCUGGAUCAUGCCCCACAUUUGAAGACUACAAGAGUAUGGGACGUAUUUUGAAGUGCAGAAUGGAGAAGCAGGAUUAGAUACAGUCUGCCAAGUUUGCAAUGGCAGUAAGCAUUUUCUGUCUUACAGAAAACCAAGCAUGCUUUAUGAUGUGUAAGCAAGAUGUUUUCAGAAGCCUUGAUGAGAGCUGUAAAAUGUACAACAAUCUGAGAUGUAAUUCUAUUUUCUUUACAUACCUUCCCAUGACAUAUCAUAUAGGAACUACUCUCGGUCACUGCGGUGAAACUCCUGCUCCUUUUAGCUAGGAAGAAGCAGACGAGCAUUGUUUUCUAAAAAAAUAAAAAAGGCAUUUUUAAGGUAA